CCUGCUCUUCCAGAGGGCCUGCAGACUCUCCCCACCCCUGGUACCCAGGCCUUUCCAACAUGGCCCUUUUAAUUUCCUUCCUGGUCGGGAUACAGGUAUUGUGUUCCUUAGCCGGUCUUCCACCUCGUCCAGGACAGCUACCAAGACCACCACUGACAGGACUGCUUUCCCCAGGGUGCAAUAAUUCUGUAGUCAAAGCAGCUGCAGAUCAGGCCCUAGACUGGAUCAAUUCCCAUGAAAAAAAGGGGUACGUGCUUGGUCUUCAGCGAAUCUUUGAUGCCCGGCAACUUCCACAGGCGCCUAAAGUCUCCAUGUAUUUUCUCACCUUGGAUGUGCUGGAAACGGUGUGCCACGUUCUCAGCAGGAAACAGUGGAAGGAUUGCAAUUUCAGAAGCGCCCAUGAGACAGUCUACGGGCAGUGCAAAGUAACAGUUUACGCUGAUAACCAUGGGAACGUUACUCAUCUGUGUUACUACGACUGCGUUUUACGCCCACUUUCAUCAAGGGCUAUCGCCAAAGUUUGUCCUGACUGCCCAGUUCCCGGAGACCCAACUGAAGCUAGGUUCCAGGAGGCGGCAGCAGAGACCCUUGCCAAGUUCAACUUAGAAAGCAACCAUGCUCAUUAUUUCGCUCUCCUCAACGUCACCAAGGCACGGUCACAGUGGGUUAUUGGCCCUUCAAACUCAGUGGAAUAUACGAUCCAGGAGACAUCUUGCACCAAAGGCAAGGGUGUCCCCGACAUCUCCAAUUGCGAACUCCUCCCACGUGAAACAGCAGAGACAGGCCUGUGCAGCGGUUCCGUGGUAAACAGCCAGGUAGAUCAUCAGAAGUUUGUCAGAGCGCAGUGUGAACUCUACCCCCCACAGCCACUUGACACAGAUGAUCAGACUCCACAACCUGGACCCAAACCUGGGCACGAAGGACACCGCAAAGAUCACAAAAGCAGUGAAGAACACCAUCACCAGAAAGGGCAUGGACACGACCACGAUCGUGGUCACGAUCGUGGUCACGAUCGUGGUCAUGGUAAUGGUCACGAUCGUGGUCAUGGUAAUGGUCACGAUCGUGGUCAUGGUAAUGGUCACGAUCGUGGUCAUGGUAAUGGUCAUGGCCGCCGCCACCACAAGCAUCAUGGGGACCACUCUCCUGAGCACCAGAGUCCACCAGACCUGCCAGAAACAGUGGGCCGUGUGGUUGUUCUCCCUCCUUCAAACGAACAUGUAUCUCUCCAUUCCCUGCCAGAAAUUCAACCUGAACAAUUAGAUGGGGAACCCAUUCCCCCUGGGGCAGAGAGCCCAGCAGGAAUCCCUCAAGUCAACCGUCCUGAUAUACAUGGUGCUCCUGACAAACCACUGGCUAAGCCAAACAUCUUUGCAUUCCCUGUUGGGUUUUCAAACUCCGCUACAUGUCCAGGAGACAGCGCAACAAUUAUCCCUGGCGUCGAGCUGCCCCAGAGGCCUCUGAUAAAAUUGCCCCCAGAGCCCAAGAAGGCCUAAAGUUUGGGUACUGUAGAAUCCCAAAAAGCUAUUCAACAGGCGGUACUGCAUCCUCACAGCAUGAGAGGAGCGGUUUAGGAGGAGGAAGGGAAGGGGGGAGGAAAAAAAGAUGGUCAUUAUGAUCUCUCACCACAAAAGGUAAUUUAAAAAAAAUCAGCUGGUUGUGCAGUGAAUUGACACAAAGGGCACCAGAGGAAUCUUUGUGGUACAAAUGUUAGUGAUUUGCACGAGUGCUUCGCCAAAUAAGCCCCCUCUUGUAUGCUGUUUGGACCAAAGUCCAUGGAGGGGAGGAAUGGCUUACAGUGAAUAGGGAGCCCAUCUUGGGCCUUAUAGCAUCCCAAAAGCAACACCUGAAAAGCCCCAAACGUUCACAGCUCAGCUGUGCCUUCUUCAGUCCCUGCCGGGGUGGGAGAAUCUAAACAACAUGGUGGCCAGAGAUCUCUUGUCUUUCCUUUCUUUUCUCCACCCAUCUCUGACCUCCUUGUCCUUGUGAAUGUGAGAAGAGCGACAUUUUCUCUGCUGCAAGGAAGCUUAACAAUACUCAAUAAAAGAGCGAUGCGACAUUA